AUGAAAGAUUUGGGAACUCUUAGCUAUUUUCUGGGUUUAGAGGUUGUUUCUUCCUCUUUUGGGUUGUUUCUCUCCCAAUCCAAGUAUGCUUCAGAUUUGCUUGUUAAAGGUGGGAUGGUGGACUGCAAACCUUCCUCUUCUCCAGCCUCAGUUAAACCUGGAAUCUCUGAGUAUGAUUCUCCUUUUUUAGAUGUUCAGCUGUACAGAACAUUGGUGGGAUCUCUACAGUAUUUGACAUUGACUAGACCUGAAAUUUCUCAUUUAGUAAAUGUUGCUUGUCAACAUAUGCAUGCCCCCAAGCUAAGCCACUUUGUGGCCGUCAAACGCAUUCUCAGAUAUGUCAAGGGAUCAGUGAAUCAAGGGCUGCAUUUUGUUCUAGGCCCCUUAAACUUGACAGCAUUUGCUGAUGCCGAUUGGGCAGGUGAUCCAGUUGAUAGAAGAUCUACCACAGCUUUGGGCCAAGCCGGAUUUCACACCUUCAGAGAUGAUGAUGGCAUAGAAAAUGGGGAAGAUAUCAAGUCUGAACUUGACAGAGCGAUUCGAGAGUCGAGGAUUUCCAUAAUUAUUUUCUCCAAGAACUAUGCCGCGUCAACUUGGUGCCUCGAAGAGCUUGUGAUGAUCCUCAAACUUAGGACUUCUGGACACGUAGUUCUACGUGUCUUGUAUGAUGUGGACCCAUCUGAAGUGGGGAAGCAAACCGGCAGUUUCGAAGAAUCAUUUACAAGGCAUAAAGAGAAGCUCAAAUAA